AUGUCGCGCCAGCUACCGCAUGGCCCGCCGAACGGGUACCGCCAUCCGAGCAACAACUCAACCCCCUCCCUCGCGCAUAGCGGCAGCAACUCCCAGCUCGCAGGCCCACCCCCGACUUCUCAGAACCGAGUAGUGUCGCGAGCGGAGAAGUUCGAGGAUGAGAAGCGGCGCAUCGUCGAAUCCUGCUUCUCAAAGCUUGAUCAGAGUGGGCAGCUGGCCGAGUCCUACAUUACCCACAUCCGCGUGCAGGAGGAUGGCCAGCACCCUUCGAGUCCACCUCCACCGGACAGUGCGCCUGAUUCCAAGAAACCACGCCUGAUAAUCAUCGCGGUACGCUCGACGGGAAGGGUGCGCAUGCACAAGGCGCGAGAGAACAAUAAUGGCAGCUUCAGCAUUGGCAAGACGUGGAACUUGGAGGAGCUGUCCGCCAUCGAGUCUUACUCGAGUAACCCGAAUCCACCUCAGAGCGAGAAGGAAGCGCAACACAGAGCAUGGGCGGGUGCGGUAGGCUUCGUGGUCACCAUCACAAAGCCAUACUACUGGCAGGCAGGGACGGCAAAGGAGAAGGAGUUCUUCAUUGCGAGCACAGUUAAGAUCUACCGCAAGUACACCAAGGGUCAGAUUCCGGAAUUGAGAGGGUUCGACGAGAACCAAAAGGCGCAAAUGCUGGGUUCAAUGCCAGGACAGCAGCAACCGCCACAGGGUCCGCCUCCGAUGGGCACACAGCCGCAGCCGCCUCCAGAGGAUCUCGAACCACCAGUGCCGCCGCAGCCACCUUUCGCACAUAGACCGCAAAGUCGAGAAGACAGCCGGUACCGCGGCAGUCCUGGUCCACCUCCUAGUAUGAGCGAUCGGGGCGGGAGUGGUCCGAACAGCAGGCAGGAAUCACCAGCACCAUACGGUCAGGCUCUAGCUUCACCUCCGCCCAUUCCAAAACCAUUCGCGAGUAGCGAAAAUCUGCGCUCCAACAGUCGAGAGCCGUAUCGGGAUCCUCAAAGAGAUCUGAGGCCCGGAACAUCGCCUGGACCUGGUGGGUAUCAGCGCACGCCUCCACCCAAUGUGGCUCAAAUGCCACGAGCACCGAGCGCACAGUCGUCGAACUCAUAUAUGAGAUCAGACAGUCCAGCCAAUUUGUCCGUUGCCUCUUCUCGAGGGGAUAUGCCCAGAAGCCUGCAGCCGGGACCAGUAAGUCCGCGAAAGCCCAGCUAUCAGUCCAUGGAGAGUGUGACCUCGGAUCGCCAAAAUCGCGCCAAAUCACCGCCUCCGCCCGCAAAUGUCAAUGGUGGUACGUCGGGUCCUGGCCUGUUCCAGUCCACAAGACAACGAUGGCAGGGUCAACAGCCACCGCCCGACCAUUACCAGCGGGAACAACAGCCGCCUCAACAAGCGCCUCAGCAAACGCCCCAACUCCCACCACUGGAGACCACCCGUUCCAACACAAGCCAAAAGAGCCAACAACAACAGUCGGCAUCAACAGACCGUGCCCCGAAGACGACCGAGAGCGACAUGUCAUCGCCAGCUAUGGGUACGGAAGAUGCUGCGGCCUUUGCGGCCAUAGGAGGCUUUAUGGGUCCAGAGCACUCGGUCGCUGCCGCACCGCCAGCUCAGCCGGUAGCUGCUGUAGAUGAGACAACGUCCCCGCCAACACCUGAGAGGUCACAGAAAAGACAGCCCGUAGAAACCCCACAUGACGAAGAUAUGAAGCCUGCACCGUUGUCAUCGCGGAACUUCUCAGGACCAACCCCACGGCCGUUUGGUCAAGCUGUGGAUGGAGGGAGUGCUUAUGCCACGCCAAAAGAGUCCGCAGUCCCUGCUGCACAGAACGGACCGCUUCCUGCUGCACAGGUACGAUCGUCAUCACCUCCAGCUACUACAAAGUCACCGGAUUCCAAUCUCGCCAUACCUGCUUCCUCCCAACAGUCUCAGUCUCCAGCAGGCCCAUCACCUCAGCCCACUCCUGCGGCAGAGACUCCUACGGCAGCCGAGGAGCCUAGAUCAGAAGAAGAUGCCGAGCCGGAAGAGGAGUAUCGACCUGGUCUGGGACCGAUGAUCAAAAAGAAGGCUGUCGCAGGUCGCUUCUUGCGCGCGGCAAACGCAGCAAAUGCAUUCAAGCCCCGGCCUGGUGGUGCGGCCGAGAAGAUUCUGAAGGCGAAGGCUGAACGUGAGGCUGGUUCGCCUGGCGUGGCAGAGCCGGAUGGCAUCACAGGAGUCGUACCUAGGCCAGCGCCCGCACCUGCAGCGAAGGAGGCGCCACCGGCUGAGCAGCCCGCUGGGGAUGAUCUUGCUGUCAAGCCACCGGAUGCGGGGAAAGAAAACGAGAGGCAGACUUCUGGUCCGCCACCGAAGGUGGAGGUCUCAAGUCCAAUGUCUCCUGCCCGAGGCUAUUCUGCUGAGCAGGCUGGGUUCGGUGGCAUGGAUGGACAAGGCGUGCAGCUCGCGGAUGAGCCUGUUCAGCAUCUUUCUACUCCAGACCAGCAAACGCAGUCGGAGCAAGAAGAGCGCGAGAGGAUCGAGCAAAGAGAAGUCCGCCAACCGCAGGUCAAGGUCAAGCGGCGGAGUGCGAUGCAGGAGCAAUAUCUGGCAGAGCUCGGUAUUGACCGAUCAUUGCUUGCGGACCGAGGACUGGAGUUCGAGACACUGCUCACCGACUUUGGCUGGAAUGAUGCAGCCCUCUCAUCCAAAGCAUUAGGUGACAUGGAGCACAACCUUCGCCGAGAGCAGGCACGGUUAGAAGCCGGUGCCUGGCUUUCUUCUCCUUCACAGGAAACACAGCUGCGAGAGGAGAGGGAGAAGCAAGUGGCAGCGCUGCUGGACAAAGCCAUUCAAGAAUGCGACGAAAUGGAUGGUCUAUUGACUAUCUAUGGCGUUGAGCUUAGUACGCUCAAUGAUGAUAUCUCGUACAUUGAAGCGCAGAGCCAGGGUUUGCAGGUGCAAGCUGCUAACCAGAGGACGCUCCACACGGAGCUAAGUCAGCUUGUUGGAACACUGAGCCUGGGAAGGGACGUCUUUGAGCCACUUCGACAUGCCGAGCUUGGAAGCGACCGGGGUGUCGAUGAAGCAGAGCGAGGGCUGGUUAGGCUAUACGAAGCCCUGGUGAAGAUCGAUCCGAGCAUACGGCAGGCUGCGAACGGCGCGCGGCCAAAGAGCCGCGGCGACAUGAAUGAGGGCAGCGAGGUGGCAGGCAUGAAGGCCGUGAGGCAGAAACGAGAAGAGUAUGGCCGCGAGAGCGACCGCUUCUGCCAGAGGGUGAUGCAGCAUCUUGACUCGACCUUCAACGCUUCGUUUACCGGCGUCAAGAGCAAGGCUUUGCUGCCCGUCCAGAGUAAUCCUGGCAUGAUGAAGCUGAAUCCGGACGCUUUCACUGAGGCCAGGAAAGAGCUAUGGAUGUACUCGCCGUUGGUGCUUUUCACGAAGGAGCUCAACAGACCAGCGUGGCAGACGAUGAUGCGCAUGUACUACGGCAGCGCGAAGACGCUGUACGCUGAUGCUUUUGGCCAGAACGUAGCGUACUGGAAACGCUGCCUCCGCAAGCCGACGGGUGAGGAGGCCGAGCUGCUUUUCACCGCCGUCGAGAGGGAAGACGCAGCCGCCGGCAGUGGUGCGCUGAGCUCUGCUCGCAAGAUGACCGUGAAGCGUAGCCAAACCCUCGCGAAAACGCUUCGCAGCGCAAGUGGAGAGAAGAGCGGCAAUGCGGACUCUCGUAACACCGGAAGUAUGUCGCAUUCCGAAGUCUUCUCAGGCGCCGUCGAUGAGAUGGCUGUGCUGCUUUCGUUCGAGCAGAACUUCGUGGUCGACUUUUUCCAUGCUACGAGCUUGGAGACGGCAGACUUCAUGGAUGUUGUUUCUCGAACGCCUGUCCAGCAGCGGUAUGGCACAAAUCUGGCGCAGCAGAAACCACUUGAUCCGGACCGUGAGAUGGCUCGGCUGGUCACUGGAACCAUGAGCGAAGUGUUCGGCUUCUUCACCAACGAGCUGUCCAGUCUAGUCGAGUGGUGCGUUAGUGCGGACCCUAUCCAAGGUGUAGGCGUUAUGGCCUGUCUCACACGACAUUCGUUCUUCCUGCAAGAUACAAGCCAGGAGUUCCUGAUCCAGCUUCUCGACACCCUCAAAGGCCGACUAAUGAGCCUCUUCGGCAAGUUCGUCGACGAGCAGGUCCGCGCCAUCGAAGACACCAAAGUGAAGAUCAAGAAGCGCAAAGGCGUCAUCGGCUUCAUGAAGACAUUCCCACACUUCGCCAUGGCCGUCGAGAACACCUUCGCCGCCAUCGGCAAAGACGACUACGACCACAACGCCACCUGCAUGUACGACACCCGGGUGAAGCUGGACGAAGCGUACGACCGGAUCAACCGCGCGAUGUUUGAUAGUCUCAAAGUCAUCGCGAAGGAAAGUCCGGGCGGUGCAGCCGCAGCGCAUGGGCAGGCGGGCAAGGCUACGAGCGAUGAUCCCGAGGAUAAAGAGAUGUUGAACUAUCAUGUGCUGAUUAUUCAAAACAUGAACUUUUACAUUUCCGAGGUUGAGGAUCCGGGACGGGAGAGUAAUUUGCCAGAGUGGAAGGGACGGGCGGAGAUGGAGAGGGCGGAGGCGAUGGAGGCUUAUGUUGGGCAGGUCGUUAGGCGGCCGCUUGGGAAGCUUCUGGACUACCUGGACUCCCUCGACUCAAUGAAAGCCUCACACCCGCAGAACCCAAGCUCCGUCACGAGCCGACCAACCUACUCACGCAAAGCAGCCCGCAACGUCCUAUCCCAAUACGACAGCAAGGAAGUGGCUCGCGGGAUCGCCCACUUGCGGGGACGUGUCCAAAAACAUUUUGUCCAGGACAAUGACGAGCAGCAGAAGUCGAAGGAGCUAGCGAUUCUAGUCUGCAAAGAGUGCGAGAGAGCUUACGAUCGCACGCUGGACAGGAUCGAGGAGAUGAUUCGAGAACUGUAUCCGGUGACGGAAGGGGAGAAGCCUGUGGAGGCGGGGUUCUCGAGGACAGAUGUGCAGAGCGGAUUCAGCCGGUGA